AACACAGUAUACAUUUGCCAUUGCCUUCCUGCUGUUGAUGUUCAUCGACUUGAAAUUCGAAAGGCAGUGGUAGUGAAGGCUAACCUCUAAUUUUCUUUCUGUACUCUGUACUGUAAUCUUGUUUAGUAAAUUAUUAUAUUUUAAUCUACAUAGUGUUACGCUGAUUGAAUCAACAAUCUUUAUGGAAUAAUAGAACUACUAAUUUAUCUUAUUAUACCUAAGCUUCCUUCAUCAUCCAAUUGAUAAUGUCGGCCUACCGGACUUAUGCUGAAUUGAUGAAAAUGCCAACUCAAUAUGCAAAAAAAAUGAACAAAUUGAGCAAUAACAUCUUCACCGAACCUACAAGGCCAGUUGUUACCAAAUCAUUAAAGGUUUUAAGGCUGAUGAGUGAAAGGCCAAGAAACAAAAACCCGAUGGAAAACAGCGAUUACUAUCCGAGACAUGUGGAAACCGGCCUGCUGAUGAUGCACCUGCGUGACUAUGGCUUGUACCGCGAUGAGCAUGUCGACUUCCAGGAGGAGAUCAAACGAUUGCGAAUUCUCCGAGGCAAGAAACAGUGGUUGCCUCACAAAGAGUGGCUAAAAUUGCAGAAGUAGUCUAGUUUUAUUGAUAAUAAUUCUAAUGUUAUUUGUUUAGUCGUAAUAAAGGGUAUUUGUUAAUAACUUGUUUCUUUUUACAGCUACUGAACGUGUUCCAUCAAAUAUUAAUACUAAACAGUAUUUUACAACA